AUGGAGGCUGCAGGGGACGCUCCCCUGGCGUCCGAAUGCGCUGCUCAUGACCUGGAUCUAUUGGAGGGGUCGAUUUGCGACCUAGUGGUCGCGAUCGGAGGUACUGUGAAGGUACAGCAUGGCUCCCAUCAGCAACAGCUACAGGCCGGCGAUGGAAUCACAGGCUUCCAGGGUAAAACGGGAUCUCAACGGUUACGGACAUUCCGCAAGGUGUUUGAGGAACUCGAUGUGUCUAUUCCGGCAUUUAUGAGGGUGCUACACCUACAUCUGAGGCGAGGAGCUGCGUUAUUGAGGCACUGUCCGGAAUAUCUGGACGCAGAUGCCAGUCACCAAGCUAAUAAUCGCGCUAGCGGUGAUGCUGCAUAUUUCCAGGGGGAGAGACCCAUUGUGACAUCUCUAAAGACUGUUAGUGGGCUCUCUCACGACUCUUUACUCGACAUUGUCGAGGGUCGUACCGUGCCCAUAGGAUCCGAUCUGCUUGAGAAAAUACCGAAUAGCAGUCGUUUCUCCUCUCACGAUGUCGACCUCUUCUGUAGAUGUUAUCUCGAUCCGGUUAUGGAUCUAUACGAAGGCGUCCUGAAACGGGUUUGCACUUUUGAUGUGUAUGACUGUAUACGGUUACGAUGUUUUUUCGUCAACCUGGACCACAUACUGUCCCUCAAUGGUGUUCGAGACGUGCGUAUACGCAACGAAAUAUUUGCUCUAAUUCUCAAACAACUUCGAUUUGCACUCAGGAAUGCCUGGUGGAUUAGAACCGAGACGGAAUGGCUCCGUAGCAAGCUCCCUUUUAUGUGUGAGCAAGGCAGUGAGCGCAAAUAUGGCAUUCUGCGGCUCAGAGAACUUCGGGAAGCACUGGAUGGUGUGAGUCUAGUCUCUGGGCAGCACGGCGCACUGGACGUACGGCUGUUCCGUGCCGUAGUCCGCGUGUUCGACCUCAAGCACGAGGAAAACGACAUGUGGAAGCAGCUUAUGGGCGGCUUGGAUGAUGAUGAAGAACCUUAUGACGAGUAUGUCAUGUUCAAGAAAGUGGUUGGAGAGACUAAGCAGGGCUGGGACGAUGUGAUAAUGGCUGCCCUGGUUACUAUCGUAAACACUCUAUUAUUCGAGAGUUUUGUCCACCACAUAGGCGCAAAGCCUUUGCCAGAAAGUGUUGUAGACGCUGUGGAGCGUCUGGAGAUGUUGUACGAAUUGGUGGAAUUAUUACAUGAAACUGACUUCGGGUACACUGCGUGGGCUGUCGACAUACUAGGCACACGUGCCGACGCUACCCUCAUCAAUGCUUUCCGAAUACAUGGGGACUUGUUACUGAAGGGCUGUGGCGCAUCAAAUGUUGUUCCGCUCAAAAGGUCAGAAUGGGGUGAAGGUGUCCUCGUAUACGGUGGUACUCUGAAACGAAUCAAUAUCAUAUUCCGAAACCUCGUCACCACUCUGGUAGAUCGCAUAGCAGCCCCGGCCUUGGAAGUCAUCGCUAACCAUAGAGGACUCAAACUAUGGUGGGAGUUAUUAUAUUCGGACGAUAAACUUUUGAUCGGCCCAAGGGGCGAGGUAGGUAAUGUUCUCAAGGGUUGCAACACAGUUGUACGUGACGCAGUCUGUGUCGAGCUCUUCGCGCGGAUUAUAGCAGCAUUCGCGUCCAAAGUUGGUAGGGGACGAUAUGAUGCUGAACAAAUUAUUUUCAACGCACUUUCCAUAUGGGAAAGUUUCUGCAGCCUGAACCUUGGCCCCGCAGACAUCUACAGCGACUAUCACAUCAACGUUUUAUUUGAGGCCCUGGAAAAAAUCAAAAUGGGAGUAAAGGUGAAACCCGAUGAGAUAUUGGCGUACCUGAAUGAUUUUUGGAAAAAUUUGCUUUCCAAUGCCGCAGGCAGUGUGAGGAGCGCUCCACCCAUAUAUUUAUUACAUUACAUUAUGCGCGAGAUGGAAGGAUGUGUUGGCCCUGAAAAUCGUGCAUGGAUUGGAGGUCAUCUUAGAAAGCGAGUGGCCUUGUUCGGCAACGUAGUUCUUCUUUUCAGGGACGAUUCCUCUCUGCAGCCAUCCGGUAUGGUUGACAUGCAAGACGUAGUCGGUGUCUACUCUCUCGACAGUAACCUACAAGCAACUGCGCACAUGAGCAUGUCGGAGAGUGAUGCCGAACUUUACAGCUGUGGCACCACGGACUCUGACUCUGACUCUCCAAGGAACGUGAGAGUGCCGCAACACUUCGACAGCUCUCUCCUACGUUGGGGCUGGGCAUUGCGCCUCAAGGUUGGUGGAAAGGUCACUGGCGGAACUAAACAUGGAUUAAAGUCGUACGAGAAGUAUGCCAAGCCCAUAGACCUCGAGUUCACAGGCCCCGAACACCGUGAGAUUUGGCUACGAUCACUUACUGCGCUAACAGAUCCAAGGCAUGGGUCCUUUAAAUGGGCCUGGUGGCCCAGGCACUCUAUCGUUUUGGCGUAG